UGGUUUAGACUGGUCCUAAUUUUAUUGUGGUUUUUGGACGUGCAAUUUUAUGGUUCUUCAAUUUUCCUAAUUUGUCUCCCUUCUCUCUCGAACCCGUUUUCCUUUCACUGGUCCCAACUCUCAACAACUGCAACCCCCAAAAAUAUUCAGCAUAAAUAUUCUUCAGUUUUCUGCUUUCUGGGGUUCCUUUUUCCUGAUUAAGAAGCUGGAAAAACCCUCAGAAAGUACUUUGAAAGAUUGAUUUCAAGAAAAUCGAGGUACGUUAUACUCUAAUGCCCUAUCACAUAGUAUUCUCUGUGUGAAAGAGGAGGUGGAAGAUUUUACCAUUCUGAGUUAUAUAUAGGCGCUUCAAAUCAUACUUGGCAGCCUGUCAUGUCAACGGAUACAACAGCCCCGAGUUACUGGUUGAACUGGAGGUUCUUACUCUGUGCAACAUGGAUCUUAUCAGCCAUGGUAAUUGCAGCAUUUUUAAUAUGGAGAUAUGAAUGCUGCAAUAAAUCAAGAAAGGGAGAAAGGGAUAAUCGCGAGGAAAAGGCGAGGUCCUUGUAUAAGAAUGAAGUUUGGGGUACAUCUUCGAAGGAUAUACAUCCUCUUUGGCUUCUUGCAUACAGGAUAAUUUGCUUCUGUAUACUUCUAGCGUUACUUCUUGCUGAUGCCAUUACCAAUAGUGCUGGGAUAUUUUAUUUUUACACUGAGUGGACGUUCACUUUGGUCACCAUCUAUUUUGGGGUUGGAUCUUUAAUAUCUAUUCAUGGAUGUGUCCGCUAUUCCCGUGAAGUGGAUGGAGAAAGGAAUGAUGAUUCAGAUGCAGAGCGAGGCUCUUAUGUCGCUCCCUCACUCGAGGAUAAGGAAGAUUUGCCCAGCAUGACAAGAAGCUUGAAUCACCAGAGGGAACCUCUUGAUUGCAGAACUGCAGAUGCUUGGGAAUAUGCCUUCCAAAUACUAUUUCAGAUCUGCGCUGGGGCCGUGACGCUUACUGAUUCUGUCUUUUGGCUAAUAAUAUAUCCAUUUCUCACUGACAAAGAUUUCAGAUUACAUUUUCUGGUUGUUUGUAUGCACUCUGUCAAUGCUGUUUUCCUCCUUGGUGAAACAUUUCUAAAUCGUCUGCGAUUUCCCUUCUUCCGAAUUGCAUAUUUUGCCUUGUGGACGUGUGUAUUUGUCAUUUUCCAGUGGAUCAUCCAUGCUUGUAUCUCAAUGUGGUGGCCUUAUUCUUUCCUAGAUUUGUCAUCUCCAUAUGCUCCCAUAUGGUAUGUAUCAUAUUUCUCUUGUUCUUUUUAUGAAAUGAUGACUUAUAUUUUUGUGCAUCUCCGAACCAAUACUGACUCUUUAUUAAGGCAAACUAAUGAAAGAAGCUAUUCUUUGUUCUUUAUGUGAAUACUUUAAGAUAUU